UACCCCCCGCACGUGACCCGCGGAAGGGGGCGGUCAUGUGACAGCAAGCGGCCAAGAUGGCGGCGCCCAGUGGAGAUCGGGCAGGAGUGUAAACAAACGGAGGUCGCGGGAGAAUCCCGGGGGGGAUCAGCGCUGUGCGAUGGAACUCCGCGUCCUCCUGGAUCCGGGAAUAACUCUGCAGGAUUGGUCGGAACCUCCAUCCAGAGUCGCCUUGCUUCGGCACAAGAAUCUAUCCCUAUGCAGCCUUCUGCCGCAAGGCAGUCUACACCUCACCGUCUUCACCACCGGGGCCCCCCGGGGGGUAAAAACACACCUCAAUGGACCCUUCGUACAGUUUCUCUGGGAGUCUGGAAAUGGCGGCGACGCUCUAUUGGAUCGGAACCCGCGUCUCCUUACUCUCGGUCCGGACAAUGAGUUCGGUGUUCAUAUUGUGUGUGUUGCAGAAGGGAGGCUUGUCCUGACCCGCGUUUGUCUGUGUGAUAAAGACACGCUGAGGCAGCUGUGUGCAGAAAAUCACGUCUGUAUCCCAUCAUCGGUCUCGGUGCGCCUGCUGUCCCUCUGUGAUCGUGACAUUCUUCUUCUGGUUAGCAACUCGGUGCUCGUACAUCUCCGGUAUACCGGCAAGGAGCAGAAACCGAAGAUUGUCUCUUGUGUGUGUCUGGAGCUGGAUCCGGAGGCUGCGGAACGGAUCUCCGAUGUCUGCCUGAGCCAUGAAAUCCUCUUCCUUCUGGAUAGCCUUGGAUUCAUUUAUGCAUUUGACAUUUUAGAUGGGUGCCCAGCGAUUGCUAUGGAACUUCCUGAGAGGACAGACUCCGAUGCAGCGCCGCCACUCGAUUGCAUUCGUGUCAGUCCAAACCUGGAUCUGUUGAUGGUCUCUUCUGGUUGCUCUCAUUUCCUUCCUUUGAAGCUCAGCAAAAAUUUUAGUGAGGAUGCGACUCUCUGUCUACACAUGUGGCGUGGUCAGCGGCAUUUGGACUCCUCCCUCGUAAAUGAUGCUGAGCUGUACAAUGGGGACGUAUGUGGACAACCCCUUGGACAUUGCUUUCGGAUGGACAGGUCAUGGGAUGCCAUACUGUCCUCGCUUUCUAAGGAGACGAAGAGUUCUUCAGCAUUUCCCGUGUGCCCAUCUACUCCGAGUCUGACGACCAGCGCCGUCUCUACUGAUGCCGCUCUCACCUGCGUGGUUUUGGGAGCCGGCUGGGUGAAGAUCUCUACAGACAAUAUGAAGGAUCCUGUAAGACUUCACAGCUGGUCCUUGCCCUCGUCCAGUGCCUUGUUCAGCCUGUCGGAUGUUGAUGGGUGCGCCACCUUGGCCCACUGGGACGUGGAAACCCAAGUGGUUGAGUACCAUGCUCUGGGGAAAGCUUUAUGUGUGGAUGGUGCAGACGAUGAGGCCUGUCUAAUUAUAACAGAUCAGGGUCUGUCUCUUGUCUUGUUCGCUGUGUCACAGAAUGAGUUCCUCACCCGCUUAAUGAUUCAUGGCAGCGCUAGUACUGCAGACACGUUGUGUUACCUGAACAACUGGGGGCGCUGCUCUGUUCCCAUCCACACUUUAGAGGCCGGCUUAGAAAACCGACAGUUGGAUACAGUCGAUUUCUUCCUGAAGAGCAAAGAAAGUAUCCUGACUCCUCUGACGUGUGAAGAUGGCAGCGUGCAGUCCGAUCAAUACCUCCAUAAUGUGCAGGAUCUUGUCCCGGCUCUGGACCUCCUUUACUCCUACAUUCAAGGCACAGACCAGGAGCCUCAGAGCAAACACUUCUCAGAGCAUCUCCUGCAGCUAACCCUCCAUUUCCUCAAUGGUCAGGUCGUGACACUCUGCGAUCUUCUGGUUGAGCCAGACCCCGGCCUGGAAAAGUGUGUGGGAAUUCUCAGUGGAUACAUCAACAAGCUGCGAUCUUUCAUGAGGAGGUUCCACCAGCAGCCGUUUCCUGUGAAGGUCCAGCAGGCCGAGCGAGGAAUCGGAGAGUGGGAGAGCAUGUCUAUGGAGAGUAUCAUUUCUGAUGCCAUCCUAUCAAACGGUAUCCCCGAGGCUCAGUCCUUCCUACGUGCGAAGGGUCAUCAUUCUUUCAGCCUCCCAUGGAUGAAGCGCGAAGGGCUGAAGAUGGCGUUCAAGUGCCUAAUGGAAAAUCAGGUGACAGAGGCCUGCCAACUCCUGCAGAACAUGGGAUAUUCGGUGUGGGACGAGCUGCGCCGUAUCUGUAUGUACACGUGUAACCUCGCCGUUCGGGACCUGCUGGUAAACCUGCUGCAGCAAAAAGGACUCUUUUCAGAAGAGGAGCAGGAAAGGAUCCGUACCGUGUACCAGAUAGAAAAGCUGUGCAAUGCUGCGCCGAGGACGGCGGGAGGAUUCCGCACCUAUCCCACACCUCCCUGGAAAACCGGCGACCUAACUCCGGCGGAACAGGCGCUGCAAAAUGCGUUGUGCUCUGUAAAAGAUGAGCCGAUCGUUCUGCUUCUACAGUGGGCCCAGGACUGGGACUCGGAGACUCAAGAAUCAAUCUUAUUGCCCUGGAGGAUCGAUGAAGACUUGACUUCUGUUUCGCCGAAAAUCCUGUGGCGCCAUCUGACUCUGUGGCACGAUUGGCCAAGAAUUGAAGCUUGGAUUGACAGCAUGGGACAUCGUGAGCCAACUGGGGACAGCCAACACUGGCCUCCAUUGUCUCCAGACAUCAUCGACGAGAACACUUUAUGCUCUAAAUACACCCGAGAGAGAAUUCUGAACAAGUUGGCAAGAAUGAACAUUUUCGUCCCUUCUGAGCUGAAUGAUUUUGAGUCUUUGAUGCAGAGACUUGUUGAUAAUCGCAUGCUGAUGCCGCCAGCCGAUUCCCCCAUGGAGAGCAUCACUACACAAUUUCCAGACUUUCACAAUCGCUUUGUGGUGAUGUGUGUUGAGCGCGGCCUCCAACACCUGCUGUACCCCUACCUAGACCAUCACAGUUUACAGGCAGAGAAUUGCUCCGCCCUGUCCGAUCCGUCGUUACACGAGGCCCACCCCUGGUUUGGGUUCAUGGCGCACAUUCGACAAGUCGGCGCCGAUCCGAACGAUGCCAGUCGGAUGUUUAAUGCCAGCCUUUCCAACGCCCAUGUACUGAUGCCAGGCUACCAACCCAGUCUGAGCAGCAUGCUCUUGGAGGGACAUACAUUGCUUGCUCUGGCAACCAAUAUGUAUGCUCCUGGUGGAAUUGAUGGGGUAUUGCAGCAAUCUGAGGAGUCCGGCCCCUGUAAAUGGAAUGUGGACCCGGCGUUGCUUAAGAUGGCCCUGGCACCGUAUCCGAAGCUCAAGGCAGCGCUGUUCCCUCAGCACCCCCCCAACACGCCGGCACCCCCUGACAUCACUCUCUACCAUCUCCUGCAGUCUCUGCCGCCUUUCCACCCAUCAAAAUUCUUCACGUGGCAGCCUACCAACCCUUUUGCACCAGCAGAUAGCAGUACGGAGCUCCCUCACUUCUCCUGCCCGCGGUUGGUCAGUAAGUACGCCAUACAGGAGCAGCUGGAUCUUUUCUUCUACUUGCGCAGUGGCCGGCCAUCGAUGGCGUUCUACACCUUCAUCGUGAAAGAGCUUCUGAAGGUCAAAGAUCCCCAACCGUUAAUCCAGCAGGCCGCCGCAGACGUCUACGUGUUGGCGCUCUCCUCUUUUAGCGUUCCCUCCAUCGUCUCUUCCUGCGUUUGCUUCCUGGAGUUACUCGGAAGGAGGAGUCACAAGUUACGGGUGGAUGUCAAUGUGGCCAACGUCAUCCUGAAGCAUGCGACCUCCGACCUGGAGGAAUCCGAACACAAAUCCCAUACACAGGAAUUAGGUAAGAGAUUAUUAAAGUUGGUUGACAAUGAGGCCGAGGCGGCUAAAGAUCUUUUAACGAGCUUGGAGGAGGUGGUGGCUGUGGAUCUGGAAAAAGAGCGCAGCACUCACUGCAAUGGAUUAUGGGUCACGGCUGUGCAGUUUUGUCACCUGCACUCCAUUCCUUCCACUUCCUUACAUCUGAGAUACUUUGCGCAGAAUCAAGACUGGCUGCAGCUCCUUGUCCACGCCAACAGCCAGGAGGAGGUUUUUAAUGUUCUGAAUGAUCUGAACCCCGUCUUGGCCGGCCACAUUGCCUUGGCCCUGAAAGGCAAAGGGUCCGCUGAAUGCCCCAUACGGGAAGCCGACAUGGAGACGAACCCCAAUACCGUCCACCAUGUUUUGGAGAAAUGCCUUAACACGUCUGAACCUUCCAAGAUGCUUCUGAAAGAGUGCAUGAGGCACGGGAUACCUCUGUUUAGUGUGUUGUCUACUUGUACCGAGAACGCAGAUCUUCUCUCCUGUAUGUGCGCUUUUAUUGUGACGUCGGUGAACGAUGCCACACAUUUGGAAAUUACGCAGACGUUAUCGACUCCCGAAGAUCACAAGUGGAAACUGGAAGAUCUCGCGCAGAUCUGGAAUAUCGUGCUGGGAAGGAAGGACAGUAGAACAUUACACAAAGCCUUCAGCAUCUUCAUGGAGGACUGCCCUCUGCUGCUUUUGCUGGACGUGUUUGAACUUUGCGCGGAAUACAAGGAUUAUUCAGAAGCCAAGAAAAAAAUACUGGAAUACCACGAAAAACUGGAAGAGCUCCGGUCCAUUGAUGACAGUUCUGCACUUCCAAUCCCGGUUGUAUGGCUUCAGACCCAAGCAUCUCACCUUCUGCGGGUUCUCCUCCUGCAGAGCCCAACUUCCUACGAGGUGCUGAGAUUUUUGCAGCUUCUGAGCGACACCGACUGUCAGCCUUUAUGUGGAGAUCUGGAAAUACACAAACUGAGAGUUCUGACUGAGAUCAUAGAGGACCAGCCGUUCUUCAUGAGGAGGGGACUUCUGAGUGACUAUAGUGCGGCGGCACUGCAGGAAGAAUGUCAGCGGCUUCUGCAGAUACUUGUGGAUGGGGGACAGUUCUCUCUGGCACAUCAAGUCGCAAAACUGGCAGAGCUGCCCACGGACAACCUGGUUAUAGAGGAGGUGUUACAGGACCGACGCCACAUGCAAGAGCUUGGGCAGUGGGAAUGCCCUCAGAGCCGGGCACAGUACUGGAGGAAGUGUCAUGAGAUUUUUAACACCAACCACCUCUCCCCACUGGUGGCAUCCAACUUCUUCCGAUCGAAGGCCUCCCGUUACGCAGCCCCUACAGCGCCCAUGGCAGAAAAAAUGGAGUGCCUAGCAGAACAGGAGCUUUUAUUGUCUCUUGCUGGGCAUUGGCUCUCGAAGGAUAAUGGUUCUCCAUUGGCGACUUUGGAGGAGUUGGAACAGCAGAUCUGGAAUUGUCGCAUCGAGAAGGAGAUAUUGGAUAGUAGCGGGGGGCUACGACAGCUCCCUUCUCUGUCUGCGUUCUCUAGUCUGACCGCCAAAUUCUCCUUCUCUGCUAUCCCUGUGCUAAACACCCCUUUACUGCUCGAUGUCACCACCCUGCCCCCGCUGUGUAAUGCCCCUCAGGAGGAAACCGACAGAACCCGGACACUGAGCUCCUUCCUAGACCGACUUCUGGAUGAAAGCAUGGUUCACGAGGCCAGCCGCGUAUGCAGGUACUUCCAGCUGUCCCAUUUGGAUGUAUGGCUCGUGCUGAGCUGUAGGGCUCUGGCAUCGGGGGACGUGCCAGUAUCUCAGCUGCAUCCUGAUAUUCAGAAUAUUCUUGCCGAGGGCAUAGAGGCACAAGCAAACAUAUGGAGCCGAAGGAAAAGAUUAUAUAGCUCAUCCAGUGUGGAGUCUCCAGCCUCUCGGAGCCCCACCGAUCCCAUCUUGGUGAAUAUGGAGACCCUGAAAGAUAAGUGUAGGCAUGGCAAGGCAUUUUGCAGACAACUGCUGUGUAUGUACGAGCUGAGCCAGGAUCUUCAUUGCUCCUUCUCCGAAGUAUCUUCACGAGAUCCCAGUGAAGUUCUACGUACUGUGCUGUCCAAGAAUCGCCCCGAGCUUGCUGAUAGAGCGCAGGCAGUUAUAAGCUCUCAUAGGCUGACCCCGGAGACGGUAGCAAAAAUAGUGGCGGAGGAGUGCCUGAAAUUCUGGAGGACUAUGGACAAGGAAGGAGGGCAAACUGAAAUGUAUAAUGUGUCAGAGAAGAGAGACAACUUUCUGCAACUUGCCAAGCUGUGUCCUGACCCAACUUUGGUGGGAUUAAACCUGCUGGAGCAUCUGGAGACGGUUCCCCUUACUGAGCUACAAGCCAUUAUCGAGGUCCUUAUCUCUGCACAUGAGUGCUUCAGUCUGACAUGCCACUUAGAGGGGAUCCGGCGCGUUCUUCAUGUAUGCCGCCAUCUGACGGAGAUGCACUUAGCGAGAAAACGCGAGUAUAGUCUCAUGGUUAGGCUCCUGUCUGGGAUUGGUCGCUACAACGAUAUGUUUUAUGUGUUUGACAUUCUACAUAAGAACCAGCACUUUGAGCUUCUGCUGAGGAAACAGCUUGAUACUAAAGGCGGAUUGCAGACGGCACUCCUGGAGUAUAUUAAGCGUUGUCAUCCUGGCGACAGUGAAAAACACAACAUGACUGCGUUGUGCUUUAGCAUGAACCGUGACAUCGGCCACAACCACGAACAUGCGGCCAAGAUCCAACUCAAGUUAAUCCAGUCUCAACCUUGGGAACACUGGAUGUCGGAACUGGAAGAGCUGAAGUCGUCCAUUAUGAAGGCGCUCACUCUGCUCAUUGAUGCGGCUGAGAGUUAUUCCAAGGACUCCUGUGUCCGUCAGUCCCUGCGAUGUGCCCGUCUGACCCGCCUUCUGACUCUACAGCUUCACCUACUGAAGAGCGGCCACAAAACUCAGCUCAUCAAUUUGGACCGAGAGAGCCUGAUAGAGCCCAUAAUGGCGCUGCCGCGGUUCUACCAGGCCGUAAUCGUUUCUGAAGCCUAUGAAGUACAACCAGACUGGGCCGAGGUUCUCUAUCAGAAGGUGAUCGUUGGAGGCGACUUCCAGUAUUUAGAGGAACUGAAGCAGCGACAAUUACUCAGCAAAGGAGUCUUCGAGCAAAUCUCCAACAAAUGUAAACUGAACCCGCCAGGAGGGACGGGACUGCAGAACCUGAGACGUGUCAUUUCUUGUUGCAAGGACAUUAACUUGCAAUACAAUCUGGCCAUUGAGAACAAUUUCUAUGACAUCACUGAUGUCCUGAUGAGAGACUCUCAGACACGAUGUUGUCUCACUGAUAUGCUGUCUCAGUAAUACAAACUGGAGCCGUUCUAUCGCUAUGUGAUCGCAGAGCGAUAAGAGACGCAAUCAUCACAGUGAUAAGAGGCGCAAUCAUCACAAUUAUAAGAGACGCAAUCAUCGCAGUGAUAAGAGACGCAAUCAUCGCAGUGAUAAGAGACGCAAUCAUCGCAGUGAUAAGAGACGCAAUCAUCGCAGCGAUAAGAGACGCAAUUAUCGCAGCGAUAAGAGACGCAAUCAUCACAGUGAUAAGAGACGCAAUCAUUGCAGUGAUAAGAGACGCAAUCAUCACAGUGAUAAGAGAUGAAAUCAUCACAGUGAUAAGAGGCGCAAUCAUCACAAUUAUAAGAGACGCAAUCAUCGCAGUGAUAAGAGACGCAAUCAUCGCAGUGAUAAGAGACGCAAUCAUCGCAGUGAUAAGAGACGCAAUCAUCGCAGUGAUAAGAGAUGCAAUCAUCGCAGUGAUAAGAGAUGAAAUCAUCACAAUUAUAAGAGACGCAAUCAUCACAGUGAUAAGAGAAUAUACAAUUUUGCACUUUCUUUUAAAUUACUAAAUACAGUGUUGCCAAAUGUAUCUGUGGUCAAUCAGAAAGCUUUUAGCUACCUCCAUCCAAUGACAUCAUCUCAAUCAGCUCAUUUACAUUCUUUAAAUGGUCUCAUAUUAAAGUGGAACUAAACCCUCCUAUCCUUUUAA